GCCCUUUUGCUUCUUUACCUAUUGCAUAGUCGAUGCUCUAAUGACCAGGCAGCUGUUACAAAAAUCCGAGUAUCCUCUUGUGGGAAGCCAUUUCAUGCUCGUUCCCAGGUUCAUACUUAAUCUCCAGUAUGCGUUGAAGGCGACCGAAUUGGCUAAACAGGGCUAUGAUAAGUACCGAAACUCGGCCUUCCAACUGAUGCGCAACGAGGGUCCAGUUGUGAUUCUACCGAUAUCCCUUCUCGAUGAGAUCAGCCGUCUGCCGUCCAAUAUCGCCGAGUCGUCAGCAGCACUUGAGCGGGAUCUACUGGGCUCUUUUACCGGCACGGAUUUAAUCCUUGAGAGUAAACUGCACCACUCGAUUGUACAACGGAAGUUAACGCCGCGGCUUCGCCUGCUCCUACCACGGAUAGAGCAGGCAGCUACUGGAGCUUUUAUGAAGUAUCUCCCUCACAGCGAGAAGUGGACCGAGUUCCGGCCCUAUAAAUCGUUGAGUUAUGUCUCUGCACGCCUCGCUGCCGAGGCCAUCGUGGGCCCGGCAUUCUGCGAGAACCCCACUUGGUUGCAUGUCGCGAUUGAGUACACAGAAGCCCUAUUCGAAACCGUGAUAAUAUUACGCACUUUCCCGCCGUGGACACGCUCGGCGCUAUGUCAGUUUCUUCCGUCAUACUGGAGGGGCUGGCGUCUACUUCGCACGGGAAAGAAGCUUCUGGGACCAAGAAUCCAGGAGCUCCUGGAUAUGAACGAUGAUGGCAAGUGGGAACCACAGGACGAUGAACCAGAGGACCUCAAUGUGCUGAGUUGGCUCACCAGCCUUGCCAAAGGUCGCGAACGUAACGCGGACGCCUUAGGGCAUGUGCUGGUGCUGGUGGCCCUCGGCGCAGUGCAUACGACUCUGCUAGGCAUGCUUAACGUGCUGUAUGAUGUGGUGAACGCCGGGGCGCAACUGCAAAACGAGAUCUUGGAAGAGAUCACUGAUGUCUCCGACCGUGGUUGGCACGAUAAUGGGAACCCGUACGAUGCGUUGGAAAAGCUGGACAGCGUGAUGCGUGAAUCGCAGCGCUUAUCACCACCCGUCACACUGGGGAUGAAGCGCCUGUUCAAACAGCCAUACACUUUUCAGGAUGGCACACAUAUCCCUGCUGAUACAUACGCUUGCCUGCCCAUAUAUGCCAUCGGGAAUGAUUUGCCAAACCCGGAGGAAUUCGAUGGGUUGCGAGCGUACCGGGCCGCUCGCAGCAAGGACAAUAAUGCGGAUUCGGCUGGCGAAUAUCAAUUUUCGUCACCAUCACCAAACUAUCUCACCUUCGGCUACGGCAAGACGGCCUGCCCAGGACGAUUCUUUGCCAGUGUCGUGAUCAAGACAGUCAUUGUGAAGGCGCUUACCGACUACGAGUUCAAGUUCCUAUCAGGCGCUGGGCGUCCGAAGAACAUCAGUACGAAUGAUCUCUUAUUUACAUCUCCUGCGACUAAAAUGCUUGUGCGGCGGAAAAGCAAGGGAAGUUGCCCCUUUUGAUUGAUUCGCUUCUGCUGCAAAAGGGGUAGGAAAGGGGGGGGCAUGCCUGACAGGCGUUGAAAGGCGUAGGUAGUUAAAUAAGACUCGAAGGACCAAAGUUUAAGGGGUUCAAAAGACAAGAGUUUCUCGG